ACAUAUAGAUACUCAUGUAGUUGCGUUAUCAUUGUCAUAUUUUGAUAUCACGUUUAUUUUUCUAUAUUCCAGUUGCAUAGCUGCCACCAUAAUAUUUAUAUCAGAAAUCAUAGAAGGAUAUUUUAAAAAUAAAAAUGCGAAAUAUUAUUUACUAAAAAAUUAAUCAUAAAUUGAGUUGGCACCUUAAUCACAAUCAAGAAGACUUUCAAGACGGAACCCUGUGCUAUCAAUGGCAUCCAUAUCUUACAAGUAAAACUUGAUAUCGUAAUGGCAUACGAUAUCAUCUUUUUCUGUUAUAUAAGAAAUUCGAUGGAUUAUAGAUAUACACUUACAGAAAAGUAUUGCUUCGAUCAGAACAUUAGAAUAUUGGAUGACUAUCUGUGGUUGAAGAAAUAUGAAAUCCUCCAUCGAAUUGUUUCGAGGUUAACUUUGCCCUUUCAGUAUUUCACAACGAUCGCAAUGUGGUGGUGCAAGCUGUGCCUUCUUAUUCUUUUAGUAAUGUAUAAAACUUCUGGAAAUCGACAUUUUUUACCAAAUUACGUUUAUGAAAUAGACAGUUUAAUCGAUAUUCAAAUGCACCAAGAAGGUUAUCAGAAUGGUUAUCCUGUUGUCCACGUAUUUGCUCACAAGGAGGUGCAUUUAGAAUGGUUUAACUUAAUUUUGAGUACAUAUUCGAAGAAGGUACCGAUCGUUCUUUUUGAAUCUAAUCAACAAGUAACAAAAUUUUGCUCGUCAAAUCGAGUCAAGUUUCAUUAUAUAAUAGCCAUAUUUAAAAGUCCCAGUGACGUUAAUGUGGCUAGAUGGAAAAUCAAAAUUGGUAAUAUGUGGAAUGUUGAUUCUAAAUUUAUAAUUUGGAUCACGGGUGAAAUUACGCAACAAAAAAUAAACCACAAAACUGAUAUUUCUCAAGGCCUAAAUAUUUCAAAUUACUUCAAGAAGCACCAUUCACUGACAUUAGCGGUUGGCUUGAUUGAGAAUUUAUUUAAAGAUUAUUGGUCCGCUGGUGCAGCUAAUGUUAUAUUAGUAGUAUUUAAUAACACUCGUCAAUGUUUCGAUACCAUCAAUUAUAAUCCUUUUGUACCCAUGGCUAACCAACAAAGAGGGCAAGUCUGUGUUGUAAAAAAUAAUGAGCCAUUGUUUCCAGAUAAAUUCAUAAAUUUAUAUGGAUAUCCAAUAACCGUAUCCAUGUUUCACAAGCCUCCUUACGUACAACUGACAGAUAAUCAUACUGAGAUAAUAGCAGGCGAAGACGUAGAAUUCAUAAAUAGUCUACAAAAGAGAAUGAAUUUUACGCUUAUAUUAAAAUCUGAUGCAUCGACAGCAGCUAACUAUGGAAUCAUUUUACCCAAUGGAGAAAGCGUAGGAUUGAUCGGAGACCUUCUCCUCAAUAGAUCCGACAUGUUGGGCAACAGUCGUUACUUGGACGUGAUAUUAAACCGAAAGCUCGACUUUCUUUACCCUCAUGAUAGCGGUACUUAUUACGCGGUGGUACCCCGACGUCCAACUGGGUUGAAUCGUCAAGUAAUAGGCCAACACUGGUUUUCUAGUAACACAGUGAUGUGUCUUUUACCUUUCCCCAUCCUCACGCUCUACCUGUACCUGCGAAAUGAGCGAAAUCCAAUUCUCGCCUCCUGGAAUCUCGUACUGUAUCAGCGAUUUUUGCGAAUAGGACCGCAAAAUCAUGAUCGAAUUAUACGCUUCACCUGGAUAGUUUUCGCGCUGCUCAUAACAUGUGGAUUUGAAAGUCGCCUGAUCAAAAUACUGACCACGCCCAUCGAACCUAACGAAAUUAGCAUAUUGGAGGAUCUGGUGGAGAGCAACCUCACGCUCAUGGUUGGUGAUAAAAUGUUUGAGCCCAUCAACGACUCCACCGUACUGCUGAUGAAGAAGUUGGCAAAGAAAACAAAAACCAACCUCAAUUUCAGCAUUUGCUCAGAAAGACUAUUGAAUCGAGGUGAUGUCGCUUGUGCCUCAGACAAGUUGUCGGCUUUGUUAACGUUAACCACUUUUUCGAGUGUUAAGAGCAAUUACCAAGCUCUUUUGAUGAAAGAGGAGCUGGGAAAUUUUUGGAUAACCUACGUGGUGAAGUAUAACCUGCCAUACCUGACAAGAUUCGAUAUUCUACUCCGUAGAUUGAUAGAGUCGGGAAUCAAAGUGAGGGCAUCUAAAAAUAGUACGAAUUUGAUAGAAACACUAUUGAGAAAGAAGGAAACAAACAGCAGUCCCGAUACCAUAAAGAUUCGACAUUUAAGUUACGCGUUUGGCAUGUGCUUUGCUGGAUUGUGCAUUUCACUCUUCGUAUUCUUGAGAGAAAUCUAUACCGGAAGGCAAACGCGUAAGGACAGCCAUGAAGCAAGGACACAGGACAAUCUGUAAAAUUAUA